CAUAGAACAUAUUAUCACAACUUCAAAAAGAAGUUCAAUUUUUAAAAGGAAACGUUCAGGCAACAAAUUAGUAGGUUCAUCUAAUCUGCUUUCAUAUACCAACUCCAUUUCUCAUUCACCAGAUAUCUUAUCAGUAUUCUCUCUCAGCUUACAAUUUCCUGAUCACUUUCCCCCAAAAAAAAAAAAAAAAAAAAUUUCCGAGAAAGUUUAACGAUUAAUCGCUAAACGCAUAGAAUUUUCUAGCUGAUCAACAAAAAAAAACAAAAAAAAAAGAAGAAGAAGAAAAAAACACAGAAAUGUCAUCUGGAAGAGAAGCCAAUAAUAUUCACGACCCAAUCAAGUUCUGGAAAUAUUUAGUACUUCCAACCAUUAAAGCUACAGAUAUCCUCUCUCUUCUCAUCAAAGCAACCAUUGCUAUUUGCACCGCGGCUUCAAUAUCUCUCAUCUUCUUCUUCGCUUUCUCAAACCAGUCUCUAUGUUUCCCACAAUACGACACCGUUCUUAGAAACUUCAAUCACCGUAAAAUCACCACCACCACCACCACCACCACCACCAACAUCACCACCUUCCAAACCACCACCAACCAAUUCAAUUCAGAAAGGACCAACAUAUCCCAUAUUUUGUUCGGCAUCGGUGGCUCGGCCAAGACAUGGAAUCAACGCCGGCACUACUGCGAGCUAUGGUGGAGACCAGACGUAAACCGUGGCUUCGUUUGGCUCGACGAAAGGCCGCCGGAGAACGAAACAUGGCCGGAUACAUCGCCGCCGUACAUAGCCUCCGAGGAAACUUCAAGUUUUAAGUACUCGUGCUGGUACGGAUCGCGGUCGGCCAUUAGAAUAGCGAGGAUUGUGAAGGAGAGUUUUGAGCUAGGAUUAGAGAAUGUGAGGUGGUUCGUGAUGGGAGAUGAUGAUACGGUGUUUUUCACUGACAACUUAGUUACGGUGUUAGCCAAGUACGAUCACAAUCAGAUGUACUACAUUGGUGGGAAUUCGGAGAGUGUGGAACAAGAUGUGAGGCACUCCUACACCAUGGCCUACGGUGGCGGUGGAUUUGCCAUUAGCUACCCUUUAGCCGCUGAGCUUGUUAGAGUUUUGGAUGGCUGUAUUAAUAGAUAUCAUAGUUUCUACGGUUCUGAUCAAAAGGUUCAAGGUUGUUUGAGUGAGAUUGGCGUACCCAUUUCCAAAGAGCUUGGUUUCCACCAGAUGGAUAUUCGUGGAGAUCCAUAUGGUUUACUAGCAGCGCACCCAUUGGCUCCCUUGGUGUCGCUCCACCACCUAGACUACGUCAAACCUCUGUUUCCGAACCUGACCCGGAAAGACUCGCUCAGGAAACUAUAUGGUGCUUAUGAAACGGAUACGGGUCGGGCCUUGCAGCAUAGUUUCUGUUACGACUUACUGCGUAAUUGGUCCAUCUCGGUGUCAUGGGGUUACACGGUGCAGCUGUAUCCAUCGUUAAUGACUGCUAAGCAGCUCGAAACGGCAUUGCUGACAUUUCGGUCUUGGAGAACUUGGAGCAAGGAGCCGUUCACGUUCAAUACCCGAUCCUUGAGUUCAAACCCGUGUGAGAGACCCAUUAUGUAUUUCUUGGAUCGGGUUGAGAAGGAUGAUACGGGUCGGACUUUGACUACGUAUAAAAGGCACAAGGAUGAGUCCAUAAAGGAUUGCGAUCGGGUUGACUAUGCUGCUGCUUUGGCCAUUCGGUCUUUCAACGUCUCAGCUACCCAUUACGACCGUGAAUUGUGGAAUAAGGCACCACGUAGACAAUGCUGUGAGGUAAUGAACGGUUCAGAUGUGGUUGACGGCGUCAUACAGCUGCAAAUUAGAGGUUGUACUAGCUUUGAGAGCGUGACACCCCCGUUGAAUAUUUGGUGAAACAUUGGACAUGUUAUGUAUAGCGUGGCAUGCUUUGAUUGAACUGUACGGUCGAAAAUUGAAGGGUGCAACCGGAGAGAAUGUGAGAGGAACCUCUCCUGGUAGAUAACAUAAUCAAAUAUGUUUUUCAUCGGAAAAAAAACAUAAUCAAAUAUGUUGCCAGCUCCUUAACCCCCAAAAAAAAAAAAAAAUGACGUAGCUUUUUUUUUUUUUUUUUUUUUGGCUCUCUAUUUUGUAAUUAGAAAAAAAAGUAGUAAUUUUCAACGCUUUGUUGGAGAACGUAGUAAUCUCAUCAUUUGUCUGAAAGAAUGGAUACAAUUUUCAAUU